UCUUCCUCUCCCCGGCCCUGCCUCCCGGAAGCUCCGCUAGGUCUUCGCUGGCGUGUCAGCGGUAAGAGGUGGGGGUCUGCGCGGACCUCGGUGAAUAACUGCCGUGAGUUCCACUCCCGGGCUGCGCGAAUUGGAAGAACUCAGGAAAACAGCCAUCAUCUUGUGCUAAGAUGUCAGGAAUUGGAAAUAAAAGAGCAGCUGGAGAGCCUGGCACAUCUGUGCCUCCAGAGAAGAAGACGGCUGUUGAAGAUUCAGGGACCACAGUGGAAACAAUUAAGCUUGGGGGUAUCUCUUCAACGGAGGAGUUAGACAUCCGAACAUUGCAGACCAAAAAUCGCAAGCUGGCAGAAAUGCUGGAUCAACGGCAGGCCAUUGAAGAUGAACUCCGUGAGCACAUUGAAAAGCUGGAACGAAGGCAGGCCACCGAUGAUGCCUCACUCUUGAUUGUCAACCGGUACUGGAGUCAGUUUGAUGAAAACAUCCGUAUCAUCCUUAAGCGUUAUGACCUGGAGCAGGGUUUGGGAGAUCUCCUCACAGAAAGAAAAGCCCUUGUUGUGCCUGAACCAGAACCAGACUCUGAUAGCAAUCAGGAGCGGAAAGAUGACCGAGAGAGAGGGGAAGGGCAAGAGCCAGCUUUCUCUUUCCUUGCUACUUUGGCCAGCAGUUCCAGUGAAGAGAUGGAAUCUCAGCUGCAAGAGCGUGUGGAGUCCUCCCGCCGAGCUGUGUCCCAGAUUGUGACUGUCUAUGAUAAACUGCAAGAGAAAGUGGAGCUCUUAUCCCGGAAGCUAAACAGUGGAGAUAAUCUGAUAGUGGAGGAAGCAGUGCAGGAGCUGAAUUCCUUCCUUGCACAGGAGAACAUGAGGCUACAGGAAUUGACAGACCUCCUUCAGGAGAAGCAUCACACCAUGUCACAGGAGUUCUCCAAGUUGCAGAGUAAAGUAGAGACAGCUGAGUCACGAGUGUCUGUUCUAGAGUCCAUGAUUGAUGACUUGCAGUGGGACAUUGACAAAAUUCGUAAGAGAGAACAGCGACUCAACCGACACUUAGCAGAAGUUCUGGAACGGGUGAAUUCGAAAGGUUAUAAGGUAUAUGGCGCGGGGAGCAGUCUCUAUGGAGGCACAAUCACUAUCAAUGCCCGGAAGUUUGAGGAAAUGAAUGCAGAGCUCGAGGAGAACAAAGAGUUGGCUCAGAACCGUCACUGUGAGCUGGAGAAACUUCGGCAAGACUUUGAGGAGAUCACUACACAAAAUGAAAAACUGAAGGUGGAGUUGCGGAGUGCUGUGGAAGAAGUGGUGAAGGAGACCCCGGAAUACCGCUGCAUGCAGUCACAGUUCUCUGUUCUGUACAACGAGAGCCUGCAGUUGAAAGCACACUUGGAUGAGGCUCGGACCCUGCUUCAUGGCACCAGGGGGACCCACCAACGUCAGGUUGAGCUCAUUGAACGAGAUGAGGUCAGUCUUCACAAGAAGCUGAGGACUGAAGUGAUCCAGCUGGAAGACACACUGGCCCAGGUCCGCAAGGAGUACGAAAUGCUGAGGAUAGAGUUCGAGCAGACCCUUGCUGCCAAUGAGCAAGCAGGCCCCAUAAACCGGGAGAUGCGCCACCUCAUCAGCAGCCUGCAGAAUCACAAUCACCAGCUGAAGGGGGAGGUCCUAAGGUAUAAGCGGAAACUGAGAGAAGCCCAGUCCGACCUGAACAAGACCCGCCUGCGCAGCGGCAGUGCCCUCCUGCAGUCUCAGUCCAGCACCGAGGACCCCAAGGACGAGCCUGCAGAGCCGAAGCAGGAUCCUGAGGACUCACCCGCCCAGUCCUCCGCGUCGAAGGCCUCUCAGGAGGAAGUCAGUGAGGCCAAAUCCAAGCGGGAUGAGGAGGAGCGAGAACGAGAACGGCGGGAGAAGGAGCGGGAGCGAGAAAGGGAGCGGGAGAAGGAAAAGGAGCGAGAGCGGGAGAAGCAGAGGCCGAAAGAGUCGGAGAGAGAGAGGGAGUCGGCUAAGGAUAAAGAGAAGGGGAAGCAUGAUGACGGAAGGAAGAAGGAAGCAGAAGUCAUCAAACAACUGAAGGUUGAACUCAAGAAGGCACAGGAGAGCCAAAAGGAGAUGAAACUAUUGCUAGAUAUGUACCGCUCUGCCCCAAAGGAACAGAGGGACAAAGUUCAGCUGAUGGCAGCUGAGAAGAAGUCUAAGGCAGAGUUGGAAGACCUAAGGCAAAGACUCAAGGAUCUAGAGGAUAAGGAGAAAAAAGAGAACAAGAAAAUGGCUGAUGAGGAUGCCUUGAGGAAGAUUCGGGCAGUGGAGGAGCAGAUUGAAUACCUGCAGAAGAAGCUGGCCAUGGCCAAGCAGGAGGAAGAAGCUCUCCUCUCUGAGAUGGAUGUCACAGGGCAGGCCUUUGAAGACAUGCAGGAACAAAAUAUCCGUUUGAUGCAGCAGUUGCGGGAGAAGGAUGAUGCAAAUUUCAAGCUUAUGUCAGAACGUAUCAAGUCCAAUCAGAUCCAUAAGUUGCUUAAAGAAGAGAAGGAGGAGCUGGCUGACCAGGUUUUGACUUUGAAGACUCAGGUUGAUGCCCAGUUACAGGUAGUACGGAAACUUGAGGAGAAGGAGCAUCUGUUACAAAGCAACAUUGGCACAGGGGAGAAGGAGCUGGGUCUGAGGACCCAGGCCUUAGAGAUGAAUAAACGUAAGGCAAUGGAGGCGGCCCAGCUUGCAGAUGACCUCAAAGCACAGUUGGAGUUGGCUCAGAAGAAGCUACAUGAUUUUCAGGAUGAGAUCGUGGAGAACAGCGUCACCAAAGAAAAGGACAUGUUCAAUUUCAAACGAGCUCAGGAGGACAUUUCUAGACUUCGAAGGAAGCUGGAGACCACAAAGAAACCAGACAAUGUACCUAAAUGUGAUGAGAUUCUGAUGGAGGAGAUAAAGGAUUACAAGGCACGCCUGACCUGUCCAUGUUGCAACAUGCGUAAAAAGGAUGCUGUUCUUACCAAGUGUUUUCAUGUUUUCUGCUUUGAGUGUGUGAAGACGCGGUAUGACACCCGCCAGCGCAAAUGUCCCAAGUGUAAUGCUGCUUUUGGUGCCAACGAUUUCCAUCGCAUCUACAUUGGUUGAUUCCAGCCAAGAGAAGAAGAGGGGCUGGCUAGACAGACACUCACUCAUUAAUCACCAAACCUCUACCUCUUCUCUCUCCAGCUGUCACCUACUGAAUAGUUUGUCGACUCCCUUUCCAGACUUUAUAUCCAGGUUCUCCUCUCUGAUAGAUGAUGUCAGGGGAGGACACCCGUUCCUGAGAGUCUUGGGUUUUAGAAUGAAUUAGAAACAAACAACUCUUAUUUGUCUUCCUUACCAGGUUUAUUUCCUGCUUUUAGACUUUUAAACAUUUUCUUCUUCAAGCCUACUGUAUUUUGGACUGUCCAUUCCUCCUGAAGAAGUCAAGUUGGUAUUUUUGACAUGGAGAAGGGAACAAGAAGAGUGGAAACACAUGGCUAUUUUGGGAGAGGGUGGUGACCUUUUAGGAAUAAGCUAUCUAUGGGCACAAAUAAUUCUUGAUUUUGGGUAGUAAACUUUUUGUAAACUUGGAUUAUAAAAAUGGUAUAAUUGUACUGUUCUUUCCUGGAUGGUUUGAAGCCUUAAUGAAAUUAUGUCCAGGAUGAUUAAUCCAUUUCCUAUUUACUAGCAAAGUAACUCGUUAAGAUCAACUGGCCUCCUUAGAGAAAUUUUAAGUUUUUAAUGUUCUACUCACUGAAGUCUUUACAUUUCUUGAGACCUGAAUAAUUUCAAAUACUAUAUCCCCUUUUAUCUUAUAAUGAAAUCAAUGAUGAGACACAAGACUGAAAUGGUGAAGAGAUCUUCUGAGCACUCUGGGAACUCAAUACAGGGAGGCCUUGGUGAGCUAUGAAAUUACUCUCAUCUGCCUCUCCACAGGGGUUGUGGUCCCUGUUUUCCAGAAGAUUCUCUGUAAUGUUUCUGUAGGACUUUAUACUCGAAAGCUUCAAUUAAAGCAGGAUUCAGUUUG